AUGGAGGAUCAGUCUGAGAGAGAGAAUUCGUCACAAGUUUAUGACACAGAAGUUCCUAUGAAUUCUGUUACGGGAACAACUUUGGCAUUAGAGCAGUUGCGUGAGAAGUUAGAACGUCGCGAGUCAAAAAUUGAAGAUUUACGUCAGACUAUCAUGGGAUUAAAACGUGUUGUUGCAGAUCAGCAAGAUGAAAUUAAUCAUUUAAGAAAUUUAAAAAGAAAUGCUGACAAAAUGCAAAUUUCAAAGAUUUGUUUGCCAAUUGAGCUCAUUAAAAUGAUUUUUUAUCAUUGUGACGCGAUUACACGUUGCCGUAUUUCUUCUUUAAACAAGAGUUUUGCUGGGGAAUUAAGUAACUGGAUCGAUGUUCAACACCUUUACAUCACUAGAGUACCAGUUGAGGAUGAGAAUAACAAAACAAUUGUCCUUCAUGCUUAUCAAGUUAUAACAAAUUCACCUUAUGUGGGAGUGAUUCGUACAGCUAAAGCUAUUCCAAUGCUUCAUAAUUUUCGUAAUGUGAAAACAAUUCUGGUAGAAUCGUCGACUCUGCGCUUCCUCGAUCGAUGCAAUAAGAUUAAGCCCGAAGAGGGAUUCUUCUCGUUACUCUCCAGACUAGAAACUGCUAAAUUAUGUAGCAUUCGAGAUAAUUUAGGACUGCUUUAUACGUUAAGUGACUUUUUGACUUUGCCGAAUCUUCGUACGCUUCAUAUUAGAGAAUCGCUUACCGUAACAGAACUACCACCACUUGAGAAAAUUCGCGCACCAAUUGAAGAUCUCAGAAUUUGCACCCAUCGAAUACGAUUGCGUCAAUUGCUAGCUCUCUGCCGAGCUUUGUCGCCUACUUUACGUCGUCUAGAAUUGCUAUUGACGUUAAUUCUACCCGAAGGACCUGCAACUAAUCGAAGUGCAGCUGUAAUCGAAGUUGCAGAAACAAUGACACAUAUGCAAAAUUUAAGUCAUUUAACUCUUGCUCGAACAUUCAUCAAACCUUCAACAAGUGAACGAGUUUUUGAACUUUUACGCACAUUCAAGUUUUUGACAAUAAUUACAUUUGAAGCGCUGAAUCUGAACGACAUCAUACGACUUUCUAACUUAUUUCUUCCUCCAAACACAAAGCGAAUCAUAAUAACAGAAUCAGUUAGAAUUGAUCCAGCUUGGUAUCCACUAAAUUCAGCAUCCAUGGAAUUUUUUGACAUUUUCAACGAUGAAAGAAUGCCAAUAUUACAUGAUGCAUGCCGUAAAGUUCAGCGUGAUAUAAUAUGGCAAUUUGGUAGUCUACGUGGUAUGAAUCCGAUAACAAUAAAUUUGCAAAUAGGUCUCGUAGAAGUUGUGGCUAACAAAUCUGCGCCCAUACGGUUCAAUUUACGAAAGAAUGAUUGUCGAGUAUUUGUUUGGAAGGGGAAAAUACUUACACGUACUGAAUAUCUAAAAAUAAAUGAUAUCAAUAUUGAUGGUGUUAUAUGA